GACUCUUUCACACAGCGUACCAUGUAACAAUAAUUCUAUGAAUUUUACGCCUCAACACUAUAACCGAACAUUGCGCGUGGUUUCUUUUUUGUUUGUUUCUCACAAUAGUUAAAAAUUGUAAAUUCCGAAUGGACACAGCGACACAACGUUGCCUUACAGGUGACGUAGGGCAGGUUUUAGAGUUUAAGAAAAAUCAUCCGGACGCUUUCUACGAAGUUUUUGCAAAGAUUUUUAAAGUUACCACAAAGGAACAUCAAAGAAUUCUGCUACUCCGAAACGAUUCGGGACCGAUACUGCAAGCGAUAUUUUCAGAAAUCGAUGUCAAAAUGGAUGAUCUUAAACCGGGUGAUUCAGUGCGUGCCGUCGGGAAGUUUAAGAACCACAGCUUCCUGAAUAUUUUCAAAAUUCGAAAUGUGUCCGACGAUAAUGCCUCGUAUGUACGGCGCUUAAGUUCGAUUGGAAGUUUUGCUUUAAAGAAAUCUAAGAAAUAAUUUGUUUUCGUUAACAAAUAA